CAUCGUUAACCUGUCAAAAAUACCUGGGGUGGACUUAAAAAUAAUUGGCAAUCAAUGGCGCUUGGUUUAUCCAUGUUUAUUUGUUAAUUGUUCAUUUUGUCACCGCUGAAGAAUGAAACUAUAUUGAGGGAAACGUUAGGUUAACGUUCCGAGGUUUUAAUUCGUCAAUCAGAAUGGCUAAACCCAAGUACAAAGCCACUUCGGACCUCUGUGCUGAUUGCGGAGCUCUUGGGCCAGGAUGGGCAUCGGUGAACCGUGCAAUUUUAUUAUGCGACGAGUGCUGCAGCAUACACCGGAGCCUCGGGCGACAUGUGUCACAUAUAAAGUCGUUGCACAAAAGCGUCUGGAACCCAUUCUUACAUUCUAUGGUUCACACCCUGAAUGACAACGGUGCCAACAGUAUCUGGGAGCACUCCCUCAUGGACCCCAGCAAUUCAAAAAUAAAUAGACGUAAGCCACAGCCCAAAGAUCCCCUGCACCCGGUGAAGGCUGACUUCAUCCGCGCCAAGCACCAGCAGCUGACGUUUAUCCUGAGACCGAGUAAAGACGAAUUCUGCAGCGAAGAGGAGUUGAGUAGGCAGCUCCACAGUAGUGUGAGAACUGGAAAUCUUGAGACAUCGUUGAGGUUACUGGCGCAGGGAGCGAAUCCCAAUUAUUUUUACAAGGAGAAGGGAACGAAUCCACUGCAUGUCGCUGCCAGAGCUGGACAGACACUCCAGGUGGAGUUGCUCAUUGCUAAUGGGGGAAAUCCAAGUUUAGUUGAUUCUAAUGGACACACGCCUAUGGAAAUUGCGAGGAUGUCAGGGCAUCUGGAGCUGUCAGAGAGGCUCGUAGAGUGCAUGUACGAGGUGACGGACAGACUGACGUUCUUCGUGUGCUCGAGGAAGCCGGACCAUCGCGCCCAGGAGCACCUCGUCAUCCCCGAGUGGUCGGUGAACCUGGAGAGGAACGAGCUGGCUUUCGAGGCGAGAACUCGACUCCAACUGCUUCCUAAUAAUCUGCUGGAGGAACUGGCCAUGGACGUUUACGAUGAGGUCGACAGGCGAGAGACUGAAGCCGUUUGGCUGUCGCAUGCGAGUCUUCCAGAGCGGACGACAGUGCCUUUCCUCCCGGUGAAUCCACAUUUGUCGUCCACGAGGAAUCAGGGGCGACAGAAACUGGCGAGGUUCACACCCAAAGAGUUCACGAUAUUGAUUAUCGACCUGCUGACCGAGGCUGGCAGGAGACACAUGAUCUCCAACACGACGCCCUUGCAAGAUCCAGCAGUUUUGGCCCUUAAAAAAGAGAAAUACGGCUCUCAGGUCUCCGACGACGAGCCUCUGUACGACAGUGUCGCCUCAGACGACGAUUAUGCAGCUGUGACAACCGACGUCUCCAGUCUCCACUCAUCAAGCGUCGAUAAUGAGAAGGCACUGGCCCCGACUUCCAAGGGCCUCCCCUCGAUCGUGGAAGUUCUGAAGAAGCAACUGAGCACCUCCGAGUCGACGAUAAAGUCCCUCCAGGAGGAGAUGAGGGAGAUGAAGAGGACCAUCGAGGCCCUGACCCGCGAGAAUCGAGAGUUGAAGACAGCUAUUCAGUCCCACAAGAAAGCCCUCCCUGAGGACGUGAUGAAUGGGCACUCUGGUGAGCAGGAGCCAGUGCUGGAGUCCCUGGGGGACCUCAGGAGCACCCUCUCCAGAGGGCAGAGACCUGCCUCCAUGUACGAGACUCGAGAGGGCCUGAAGAAGAGUGGAACGUGGAAUUCCAUGAGUCAGGCAAAACCUCAUAGUGACGCUCUGGCUCGACCCAACACGACCCAAAGCCUCUGGCCAUACCAAACGUCGAGUUUGCCAUCGUGUGACGAGGUCACCAGGCGGACGGAACAGGUCACGAGGAGAAUUCAGGAGUUGUGGAUGGCGAUGCAGGACCCCGGGCACAGGGAGGCUUUCGUGCCUUGUGCUGAGAGGGUCAGAGUGGCUGUUGCUGAGUUGACUGCCAUAUUUCCUCAGAAUCCAAUUGAGGAUAACAUCAGAUCAGCCCUCAGGCAGCUAAACGGAAACACUGGAAGACUCCAGGCAGAGUGUGCUGGUCUCCAACGAUGCACCAGUGACCCUGGACACAUGGACAGGUGCCUCCAGCAGGUUCGAUCAUGUGCCUACGACAUUGCCAAAGCCACCAAACUCCUCGUCACCCAAUUUCAGAUAUCCUAGACUCAAAAAUACCCCCAAAAGAAAACAUCACCCCAAAACUGCCCCAUUCUCCCCAGAAAAACAGCUCCCGAAUUUUUUUACAAAACCAAAUUUUGAAAAACUGGACUCAAAAAUGACCCCAUUAUCUAGCCAGGAAAAUUUCCGCCUCCAAACCCUGGUGACAAACCCAUUUCGCCCCACAACCUCUCGAGUUAUCGUCGAGACAAAAUCACGAAAUGAAAUCCAAUUUCUUCGGUAUCUUGAAAACUCCCGGGGCAAAAUGGGCUCAUGACCAGGAUUUGGAGACGGAGAUUUUCUCAACGACCUGAUGGGGUAAUUUUCACCCCCAAAUCCGCCUUUUUAAAUCUCCAGAGUAUUCCAAUCUUCGAAAAAACUUCGAAAAAUGCUUUAAGCUUUAAAAUUCAAUUAGAAAUCAAUUAAUCAACAAUUCUCUCAUUAUUGUUACCUUGUAUUAACAUAGAAUGAAGACUGAGUAGGCGUAUUUUUCAAUUUUCAUCUCAUAAAAAUCGAAAAAUUAACAUUUUCAAUUUUCUUUUUAAUGAAAAAAUUGAAAUAAUCAGUUUUUAUAGCGUAAAUUAAUUAAUUGAGGAAUGUAAAUACUUCAACUAUUGAUUACCAACAUCACAUUGUCAUUAGCAAUCGACAAUCAUCUAUUUUGAUCGAAUGAAAAAGAAAUUUUUAAUCAUUAGAAUUGACUCUAGUGCAAUAAUUAUCGAUUUUCCUAGGAGAAUGAUGAGGAAAACGAUUUUAAUUAAUUAAAUAUGAAAUUCCAAUCAACUAUUUUUUAUGAAAAAACUUUUUAAUUAUGACUCAGUGUAUAUCAUCUGAUUAACUCAUUAAGCAAUCGUUCAACCCUUAAUAAUAAUUAAUUAUUUAAUUCUCCGACAAUACCCUAGUAUUUCACUAAUCAUUGUUAUUUGUAAUGACCGAACAAAUGUUAAUUGUAUCAGAUAAAUUGUGUAUUUGCGAUUGAUGUCAUCAUAGACCGAAUAAAUUUAUUGAGAAUUAA